AUGAUAAUUAUUUUUUUAUUCUUAAACUAUGCAUGUGGGAUUUCAAUAAAUUUAUUCAGAAGACAAAAUUUAGCUCAGAAUAAUUUUUCUAAUUACUUAAACAUUCAAUAUUAUGGAGUUGUUAAAAUAGGCACACCUCCACAAGAAUUUACAGUAAUUUAUGAUACUGGUUCUGGAGAAUUGUGGGUGCCUUCAGUUGGAUGUAUUGGUUGUCACAACUCAAAAUACUUUAAUGUAGAAGAGUCAAAAACAGUGGAAGUCACAGAUUAUGUUGUAGAAAUUUAAGUAUACAUUAAUAUAAAAAGUUUAGUAUGGUAAAGGUAAAGUUUAUGGAUUUGUUGUUGAGGAUUAUGUUGGAUUACCACAAUCAAAUAUUCAUUCGUAUAUGCCACUUUUAUUGAUUAUAAGGGAAGCUGAAAUCUAUGGUUUAUAAAGUGAUGGAGUUAUGGGGUUAAAUAAUGAUAAAAAAGUUCCUAAUUUAUUUGAUCUUGCUUAGUAGUAAGGACUUAUGAAUAAUUCGAUAUUUGUUAUGCAAUUAAAUCAAAAUCCAUACUAAUCAAGAAUAUAUUACAAUAUUUCAGAGUAAAAACUAAAUAAUGGUACAUAAUGGAUUAAUUCAACUGAUGAUGAAUUUUGGGUAUAUUAUUAUAUCUAUAUUUAUUUAUAGACUAUUCCAGUUGAACAAGCUUAAAUUUUAUAAUACAUUAUUAAUUUCAAUGAAACUUAAUUUGCUAUAAUAGAUAGUGGUACUUCUGAUAUAAUGAUGAAUGAAGAAAUUUAUGAACUUGUUUUAGGUUCAUUACUCAAGGUAUGUAAAAAACAAUUAGGAAUAAUAUUUUGUCCUUGUAAUCCAAGUUAGAAUUAGAAAUAAUACCUUCCUGAUAUUAUCAUUAUUUCAAAUGGAAUUAAAUUUAACAUCUCUUAUUAUAGUUAUAUAUUAAACUCAAAUCCAUAGAAUGAUUAUUGUUAGAUUACACUUUCAAGUAAUAAAUUAUUAAUGAAUAACUCUAAUUUUAUGAUAUUUGGAGAUCCAUUUCUAUUCAAUUACAUAACAAUUUUUGAUAAAGAGAAUAAUAGAAUUGGAUUUUAAGAUUCUAAUUUAGGGAUAUGGGAUGAUUCUAAGUAAUAUUAUGAUGAUUUUACCAUUGAAUUUACUGGAAUCUUUUGGUUUUCAUUAAUUGCUUAUAUAAUAAUAAUAGGAGGUCUUUUCUAUUAUAAUUAGAUAUUAUCAAAAGUAGAGAUUGCAAGUCCUUCUGAAUAAGGACACUCAAUAUAAUUAUGA